CAGACACAUCAUUCUUCAACCAGCACGAGGAGAAAAAAAACAAAUGGAGCUCUAUUUCCUACAGUCCGUCUGCUUAUACAUUCUGUCAAUCUGUUUCUUGAUAUAUCUCUAUAAUCAUAACCGUUCAAAGAGGCCCAUCACCCGAGGUCUCAAAGGUGUAAGGAGUUAUCCACUGGUGGGCCACCUUCCGGCUUACAUCAGGAAUCGACACCGGUUCCUAGAUUGGACGACGGAGAUCCUCGCUGAGCACCCGACCCAGACAGUCACCUACAGACGGCCCGGUGUGGUGCAAGGAGUCAUCACGGCCAAUCCAAUCAACGUGGAAUACAUGCUGAAAACCAACUUCGAGAACUACCCAAAAGGAGAUCUGUUCACUUCCUUGCUAGAAGAUUUCCUCGGCCGUGGGAUCUUUAAUUCUGAUGGAGAACUAUGGAAGGUACAACGGAAGACAGCAGUAUAUGAAUUUAACACAAAGUCACUCCGUAAUUUCAUCCUCGACAGCAUCUUGCAAGAAAUUCAUGAACGAUUGUUGCCAUUUUUGUGGAAGGCCACUAAAAAUGGAGAGAUCAUCAACCUGCAAGACGUCCUGGAACAAUUUGCAUUCAACAACGUGUGUAAGAUUGCCUUCAAUGAAGAUCCUAUGUGCCUCGGAGGAGAAGAUGAGGGCAGGCUCCCAUCCCAAUUCGCCCAAGCAUUUGAGGACGCCGCGAACCUCAGUGCAGGCCGGUUUAGAUAUUCCAUACCAUUCUUAUGGAAAAUCAAGAAGAUGCUUAACAUCGGGUCAGAGAGGCGAUUAAGAGAAUCAAUCACAAUUAUCCAUGAUUUCGCCACAAAGAUCAUAAAGACUAGGAAGAAAGAGAGCUCCCACGGUAGAGAUGAUCUUCUAUCAAGGUUCAUGGCAAGCGAUGACAACUCGAUCGAGUUUCUACGAGAUAUCAUAAUAAGCUUCAUUCUAGCAGGCCGUGACACGACAUCGUCGGCCCUUGCAUGGUUCUUUUGGAUCCUUUCAUCUAGACCAGACGUCGAGCAGAAGAUCUUGGAAGAGCUUAAAUUGGUAACAAUCCAAAAUGGGAAUUCCAAUUUUAGUUUUGAUGAUCUUCAAAAAAUGCAUUAUCUCCAUGCAUCCAUUUCUGAGGCACUGAGAUUGUACCCUCCAGUGGCCUAUGAUACAAAAGAGUGCCAUCAUGAUGAUGUGAUGCCUGAUGGGACUUUUGUUGGGAAGGGUUGGUUAGUGUCUUACCAUGCAUAUGCCAUGGGGAGAAUGGAAAGUAUAUGGGGACCCAAUUGUCGGGACUUCACACCGGAGAGGUGGCUAGAGAAUGGUGUUUUCAAGCCCGAAAGUCCAUUCCGGUUCCCGGCAUUUAACGGUGGUCCAAGGGUGUGCCUUGGGAGGGAGAUGGCCUAUCUUCAGAUGAAGUUGAUUGUCGCGUGUGUACUCGAGAGGUUCGAAAUUGACGUCGUCGAGAAGGACAGUUGUCCCGAACAAAUGCUAUCACUGACACUGAGGAUUAAAGGAGGGUUGCUGGUACGUGUGAAAGAAAGAUGCAUGGAUGAGAUUCAUUGACCGCAUGUGAUCAUAUGAUUAGCACAUAUGUGUAUGGUUUGCAAGCCUUUCUGUCAGUGAUGUUGUGUUGGGUGUGGAAUAACUGCUUUCUCACGCUCACUACCAAGUGGGUGUAGAUGUUAGUUUGCCUAUGGUUAGUUUGUAUGGGUUUUGAGAUGGUAGUGUCACUUUCUGAUUUUAUUCUUACCUUUUCUAUACAUGAAUGGUUUGUAUGGG